CAAUACGGCCUUCUUUAUAUAGGCCAAGAAUUAAAUAAAAAUGUGUUUUACUAAUAGAUAUCUGAUAAGCAUAAAGCUCAGACUGUAUUACUUUAUGCAUUUUGCUUUUUUAUGAGUUUGAUUCUGUUCUGAUGUCAGCCUAAUUUAAUGCACAAUGCUGCAUAUGUGGGAAAAUGUUUGUUUAUGGGUCUUAACAGGUGCAGGAGUUAAAUGAGGACACAUGACUGCUGCUCUGUUGACCUCUUUCUUGCUAAGAGCUUUGUAUGUUUUCUUUUUGAAGACUUUAAACCGUUAUCACUUUAACAAAAACGUACACUAUAAUGUAUUGGUUGUGUCGCUAACAAUCCUCAUAUUCAUAUUUGAUGGGACAUUUUGACUCAAUACUCAAGGAUUUGAUUUCUCAAGGAACAUUGAUAGUAGAAAUUUGUAUUUGUCUUACCAUACACCAUUUUUAUUUCAGAGGAAAUGCUGUUUUGAAUUCAUUAUUUUUGUGUACGUACUUGGUUUCACUUUUAAGGAAAAACAGUACUGUGCAAAAGUCUUAGACCAGUGGUCUCCAACAUGGUUGCCCGCCAAAGCACAUUAUGUUAAGCCUCAAUUUUAAUAUUUAUUACAUUUUUUAUAUUAGCUUUUCUGUAUGUUAUCAUUCUAAAUAAUGUAAAAUAGUAAAAUUAAAUAAAAUCAACAAGUAAAACAAAAAAGUUUUGAGUAGACUAUAUGAAAAAUAUAGCCCGCCAGAUUGUUUUAUCCAUUGUGUUAGCACUUGGUUGCAAAGAGGUUGACCAUUGUGCCACCAUUAGAUGUUUUUGCAGUGGUAUAUUGAGCAUAUAUAAUUAUUUUUCAGUCUCUUUAUUAUAAUACAAUAAGGAAAUAGAAGAAAUUGUGUAUGCAAUAUAAGAAUAGAGAAAAAUAAAUAAAGAUGAUCAUUUAAACUUUGUUUUAAAAAAGCUGAUGGUGGCCUAAGACUUUGCACAGUAUUGAAGUUCACAAAAAAUAUUUUAUUAUUUAAUGUUAAUUUUUUUUACUCUAUUUUAACCGCAGAUCUUUCCGAAGUCUUUUGUCUGUUCUGUUAUUUUUGGGAAUUUUUACACCUCUCUAAACUUUAAAGUGCCUUCAUGCAUGAACAACGCUUGGAUCAUAGCGUCCAUGUUGAAUGUCCAAAAAUGGAAAAUGUAGUAUGCAAAAGUAGUCCAUACUACUUGUGUAGUCUUCUGAAGUCAUGCAAUAGCUUUGUGUGAGGAAGUGACAUAAAUGCAUAUAAUUCACUGUCUGACAAUAUCAAACUCAAAAACGGUUCGGUGUGAUUCAUGAUUGUUUUUUUGUUUUUUUUGAUGACCCGGUUGAUCUAGUUUACAAUUUGGUUAAGUGAUCCAAUUGCACUUCACUUAAAAAUGUCUUUGUCAUUUUGUUUAACAGAUACAGUCAGUACCUCUCUUUUGGGUUACACAGAAAAAUAAGAGCUUGCGGCUUUGAGGCUGUCAGUAAUUGGUUCAUCAGUGUGGACCCCCGCACUAGGGAUCCUCCUUUCUGUAUGACAAAACAAGAGAGAGGAAAACACACACACAGUUGACAGCUCACACACACAGAUAACCAAGAAUGACCGUCUAUUGCGUAUGGAUUUGUCUGUUCGUAUGGACAGCAGUGGCCGCGCAGAGCUCCUCCCGAGAGACGUUGACGGUUCUCUACCCCAAAAUCGGUGGCACGGAGACUCUUAACUGUAAUUGUCCGGAUCACACCUGCCAGGAGGCUUUCUGGUACCGAUACUUCGAGAAGAAUAACAGCCUCCAGUUUCUCUUGUAUUAUAACAGCGCUGGCACCGGAAAACACGGAGAACUUGACAAUGACACGAUGCAGCGCAUCAAGGGCUCCAUGUCCGCAGGAUCGAAAGCCAGCUACAGCCUCCGUAUCACUGGAUUUCGGGAAGAUGAAGCUGGCAUUUAUUCCUGCAUGUUUAAAACUAAACCUGUCAUUCCUGUUGGAUAUUAUAUUAGGCCUGGAGUGAAUCCUCCAACGCUUGAGCCACCAACGACCAAGCCCCCCAAAAAAAAGCCGUCCUGUAAAAGUUGUAGACCCUUCACUUCUGAAGGCUGUGUGCGCUCGAUCCUUUGGCCGGGCAUUGGUGCUCUUCUGCUGUUGGCUGUUGCUCUUGCGGGCACACUUUACUACUUCAGUCGUCUACCUAGGAAGUGCAGACAUCAAUUUGCAAAAACGAAUCAGUUCAGAUGAGGAUGAAGUUCAAGCACUUUGGCUCAAAAAAAGUGUGGUCCUUCACUACUAAAACAAUGUUCCAAUAGCGGAUUUUUAGGGGAUUUUUCCUCAUUUUCAUGAGCACAAACAUCGUGGAGAAAUCCAGUUUGAAUUCUGCCAUAGAAAUGUGACCCUAAAUGUGACACUUUUGGACAACAAACCCAGUCAUAAGGGUCAGUUUAUUGAAAGUUGAACUAUACAUGAAAGUUAAAUUAAUAAUCUUUCCAUUGAUGUUUGGUUUGUUAGGAUAGGACAAUAUUUGGCCGAGAUAUAACUGAGAAAUCGCCUUUAAAGUUGCCCAAUGAGGUUUUUAUUAAUUGCAUCCAUUCACAAAAUUAAAGUUUUGAUAUAUUUAUGGUAGGAAAUUUUCAAAAAAUCUUAUGUAACAUGAUCUUUACAUAAUAUGCUAAUGCUUUUUGUCAUAAAAGAAAAUAAUUUUGACCCAUACAAUGUAUUGCUACAAGUAUACCUGUGUUACUUAAGACCCAAAUGCAUUUUUUUUAAGUAAACUACCAUUUUCAGUCCACUUGAAUUUAUAAACACAUACAUAGAAUGUAUUUGAUUCAUUGUCGGGCUGGACUGAAUUUAAACAGAGCUGAUCCUGCUGCAAUUUCCCCAAAACUGAAUCUAUUAUAACCGCUGAUUGAACCCAGCUGUGUUUGUUUCCUACACUCUUUAUUGUCCUUUACGUUCUGUUCUUGAUUUUAAAAGAAUAUUACCGCAUUGCUUAUUGUGCUUUUCAGAACCAGCACAGCAUGUAAAAUUUGUAAUUGAAUGUACAGUUUUCUCAUUU